AUGUUACGAAUCUAUUUAUCUGCAACAGUAUUACUUACAGUGGAAUGUGCAGGAUUAACAAAAAUUUCAACUAAUAUAACUGCUUGGUUAGCUUCUCCCCGCGAUUCACCAAUGAUUAUCCUUCAAGCUAAUCAAAUGAUUCCAGUAACUAUUGAUUGCCAACAAAAUGGGAAAGCAUAUAAAGAAGGUGAAACUUGGUUUACAGGACAUCUUUUAUACAAAUGUAUGAAAUUUGGCGCUUAUACCAUCAUUGGUUGUCGCACAAGAAAUGGCCGAUCGAUGAUUAUUGGUGAAACAUAUAUUGAUGAUUACAUUGCUCAUCAAUGUUUUGAGGAUAAUUCUAAAAUAUACUACCGAGAAUUCCCAUGUGACAUACCGGAACAACCAUUAUGUGGUUCACUUAAACAGGAAUCUUAA